GCCCUUCCGAUUUCCGCAGUUUCUGCUUCUGCUGUGGUUUCUGCUUUUGAAGUUUCUGGACAGUUUGUCACGUUGAGGGCUAUGGUUGCAGUCACGGUGUUUACAAGUUGAUCGGCAUAACUGCUGAAGAGGCUUUGCAAACCCGAGCGCCGUCGAGGAUUUCGGAAAGUGCAGCGACAUGGUGCAGUGCUGCGUACCCUUUUGCAAGUCGACACCGGGUCCAUCAAAGACUUACUCGUUUCACGAGUUUCCCGUCACGAUGGUUCGUUUCGAAUGGCUCCGACGGAUCGCCCGCAAAGCCAAUGGUACGAGUAAUGAGCCUUGGCGCCCAAGUGAUCGAAGCAAAGUAUGCAGCCUGCAUUUCCGUGAGGAGGACUUCCGCCGGGACCUCAAAAAACGCCGUCUCCUUCCAAAUGCCGUGCCAUCUAUAUUCCCGGGAUACCCUUCCGAAAUGCAGCAGGCACGUCGCCUGUCGUCACCGCAAAAGGGCAAGAGUCCUGUGUGCAAGGAUGUGCUACAGCUGCUGGGAAAAAGAUUGGUGACCGAGGAACAUGUCGCUAGGCCACGACGUGGACGCAAGAAAAGACGGUUGGCGAGUGCUACAUCAGGCAUUUUGACAGACAGUGCUCAAGGAACAGGUGAAGUCUCAAGUGCUGUGGAUCAACACAAAGCAGCAUCAGGCAAUACAGUGACUGCAACUUCAUUGAAUGUGAUGAAUAGGAAACCGAAAAGAGUUGGUGCCUUUGCUCAGAAGUCACGAUCCAGAGUGUUGCACUCAAAAGGUGUGCAGAUUUCAGAGCCAGACAAGGGGUUGGUUGUGUCUUCUGCUUCCGUGCCAACUGCUUCAGCUACCAUGGGACAGCACAUGCAAAGUGUGUCUUCAUCAUCGAAUGCAGCGUCUUGUACACAGAAGCCAAUUGCAGACACACGCUCAUCAAAGGCGGUUGUCCAUAAAUUGCACAGAUUACCUAAGUCAUCUGUGCCUUCUGCAAACCCUGUAGUAACUACAACAAAUUCGUGUGCUGUGAAAGGAGCUCUAGUAAGCUUCGCACCGCUAGUGAAUCAAGAGAGAACUUCGGGCAAAAUGGUGCCACAGGGUAAGUUGUCACAAUCGGAUGUGACUGCCAGUGUUGCGCCAUCAUCACAAGUAAUUGCGACCUCCACGAGCACACCACCAGCAUGUACAACACCAAGGCUGACAGUGGAGCCUGGGACAUGUUUGGUGCGAUUAGCAGACAGUUCCAUGGCCAAAAUGCCUUCCUGUAAACGAAAGCUGGUAGCAGUUGUGCCUCCAGGGGUUAAACCGGAAGCACUGAAGCAAAUGUUGCUGAGUUCCAAGCUCCUAUCAAGUACUGUAUCAAGUAGUGCAACCCCACUAACAAGCAGGUUGGCGAACACGAGUGAAAGCAAGAUAGUGGCAAUGUGUUCGUCAGGAGAUACUGCUGACACAGUGAGACCAGUCCAGUUGAAGACGUUGAAGCAUGCAGUGAUGGCAAGCAGAGUGGCAAAUGUGAAAAGGUCUUCAAGUGGCGUUACACCUGUGGUAGAGCGAGUUACUGCAAGCGAGGCAGCCCACUCAAGCUCUUUUAUGACUCCAAACUGUUUAGGCAGGUUGAGGCACUCGGUGAGCUCAUACCCAACGCCUGCUGGCUCUUCGAAGGCACUGAGCCAGCUCUUGACUCCUGACAGGCUGGUGACUGCAAGCCACCCGGAAACAGGUGGCAAGCUCCAUGUGCGGACGGUGGCAUCACAGACGCGUCUCAACCGGCCACGGCUGCGACACUUGUGCCAGCGCCUCAAGACGCUACAGCGAAAGUGUCUCAAGCUGCAGACCAACAAGCGGCACCUACAGCAUGAACUGUCUUCUGCACGACAGGAAGCCAAGCGUGCCCAGACCUUCAUCAAGGAGCUGCGCCUCACCCAGUUCCAGGCAAGAUAACAAAAACGGAUCUUUCCAGUAAUGUUUCCUGAGAAACACUCUUUUGAGUGUCAACUUAAAAGUGUCCCAACUUUUGUUGUAAGGUAGUACAGAUACCAUUGAUACCCAUUUAGCAAAAUCUCAGGAAAUAACGUUUUGCAGACCUUUCUGGAAAAUUAAGUAAAGGAAGCUUGCA